AUGACGCUUUACAUUCGUCGCGAAUCUUCCAAGCUAUGGAAGAGAUUUUGCUCUGAGAUAACGACGGAGAUCGGUCUUCUCGCUGAGAACUGGAAAUAUCUUCUGGCUGGUCUUAUCUGUCAGUACAUACACGGCUUAGCUGCAAAAGGAGUUCAUUAUAUUCAUCGCCCGGGACCAACUCUACAGGAUCUUGGCUUCUUUCUUCUUCCGGAACUCGGUCAAGAGAGAAGCUACAUAAGCGAAACCGUGUUCACUAGUGUGUUUGUUUCGUUUUUCCUGGCCUGCCAGUUUCUCCGUGUUAUAACUUUCUAUUCGACUCAGCUUCCUGGCCCAAACUAUCACUGCCGCGAGGGCUCUAAAGUUUCCAGGUUGCCAUGGCCCAAAAGCGCUCUUGAGGUUCUCCAGAUUAACCCUCAUGGGGUGAUGUACGGAUGUGGAGACCUGAUUUUCUCGUCGCAUAUGAUAUUCACGCUAGUAUUUGUCCUCACGUACCAGAAGUACGGCACUAAAAGGUUCAUAAAGCUGUUUGGGUGGCUCAUUGCUUUCGUGCAGAGCCUCUUGAUCGUUGCCUCUCGUAAACAUUACAGCGUCGACGUUGUUGUUGCGUGGUAUACUGUUAAUUUGGUGGUGUUCUGUCUAGACAAGAAGUUACCAGAAUUACCAGAUCGGACAACGGUGUUGCUCCCUGUAACCUCGAAAGACAGAAGCAAAGAAGAGAACCACAAGCUGUUGAAUGGGAACGGUGUUGAUCCUGCUGAUUGGAGGCCGAGGGCUCAAGUGAACGGGAAGAUAGACAGCAAUGGAGUUCACACUGAUAACUCAAUGAACGGCGCAUGA